ACAUUUUUACGUGUAGCCUACGUCAACGUCCACUGACUGUCGGGUGACACAUAAACACAGAUUCUACCUUUUGCUACAAUCAACUUCCCCCCUCAGCUCAGUCCAACUCCAAGAGGCAUUAAGCCAGGAAAAUGGCAUUGAUCUCAAUUGAAGACCUUGCCGCAUUGGAUGAUGAACAGCUGGAUGAUGACAUCACAGACAGCUCUGAGCCAAUGGAUGAUGAGAAUCAAGACAGACUGCUUGCCCAUUGGCAGGCUGUGGGUCGGACCCACCAUGUGUCUGUUCCACGCGAAAUGACCGGACCCAUUGCUGAGAUGACCCGGAGGAACCAGGAGACUGAAAGGGAGCCGGUGCCCUUUUCUGUUAUAUCUAGACGUGAAAAGCUGGGAGAAGUGAUUGAGGAGAGGCUAUAUCCAGCAGGAAAGUGGGCAUGCAUCACCAAAUCAGAGAAAAUGUACGAACAAAGCAUCUCUCUCGCCUUCAUGCAACUCAUGCGUUUUAUCUGCAAGGAGAGCUCUGCUGGCAAGUACUUGGGCAUGACUGUACCUGUGCUGGCUGAGUUUCAGUUGUCAGAGAGCGGGACUGACUUUAUGAAGGAUGUGGUGACCGCUUACUACCUGCCUGGACAGUACCAGACCAACCCACCUCAGUCCAAUGACCCUGAAAUCACCAUUUCUCACAGAGAACCUAUGAGAGUUAUCACACGAGUGUUUUAUGGGACCACCACUGAGGAGACUGUACAGCGGCAAAUUCACCUUCUGUGGGAGUUGCUUGGGGAGGUGGAGAACGUCCAUCGCCACAUGUACAUGGUAGCAACCUACGAGAACCCAGGGGUUCCUGGACGCAGGAAUGAGAUCUGGUUUAUCAGUAGAGAUCAAUAAACUACAGAGACCCCUUCAGUUGUACUGCAAUCAUUUUGUGGACCCCACACAUUUAUAACUUGUCAUACAACGAGUACCCUUUCCUACUCUCUUCAGAGACCGCAUGAAUGCAUCAGGUGUGUGUUGGUUGGCAGGCGUGUUCAUUGCUUUGUAGUGUACAUAGUUACUGUGUGCUAAAUAUUUAUUUUAAUCAACAUCCCUCAAAGCACAAUCUAAUUGUAAGCCCAGUCCUUCUGUAAGAGCAUGAUUCUCUUUUAGCUGUGUCUGCUACAUGAUGCCUGCACUUUGGUAAUGUUUUUAUCUUUGUCCCAAUUCCUGGGAUGACUCAGUGGCUACGAGUAAUACUUCUGACAAACUAGACUGCAGCUAUUAUUAUUAUUAUUAUUAUUAUUAUUAUUAUUAUUAUUAUUAUUAUUAUUAUUCAUAUUGUUAUUAUUUACACACCUGAUAAUUGUCAUUUCCUCUCGUUGUCUGUCCAAGAACAUUUCUUACCAGUGUCCCCAACAGUAAGACAGUUGUUCUCCUUGUGGAAUUUUCCUCCUCUUUAUACCUAUAUUGUUUAAAAUUAGUAAACCUGGCACCGUCUCUACAGUUUGUCUCGACCAGUUGAAGGCCCUCUCAGACAAAACCACUUUUCAAUUGCAGACAGUAAGAGCGAUUGCCCAUUCUCACUUCACACUACACAGAUGGAGUUAUUGACAUUGACUGAUUGAAUAUCUAACUAAUGAUUGUUUUCACUAUACAAGAGAUACACUUGUGGUGGUUUUCCCAGUACUUUUCAACUAGUACAGUGUCUGUGACUGAAAAGUUUUGUGGUAAAUAACCGUGCUGGCCACUAGGUGGCAGAAUGGCCAUAACAAUAGACCUCUUCGCCUUAAUGGCAAAUGUACAUUUUUUUUAAAGAGCAAAAACUACUUUUUGAGCAGCCGAACCGAGAGUUAUCUGAGGGUUAUGUACAUUUCUUAUACAAAUGGGGGGUGGAAGGGGGGUUCUCAUAUCUUCUUCUUUGUGUCAUGUUGUGUUUACAGCAUUUGCAUUUUUGUAACAGUAGUUUUUUCCAUGUUGUAAUAGUGUUUUUAAAAUAAUAUGGUUCAGCGUGACACCCUUUUGCUAGGUUGCUUGUUUUUUUAAUGUUGCAUCUGCUGUUCAGUGAUUUUAUGGUUUAACUGACUUUGCAGGACAAUUACUGUACAACUAUUACAGCUUAAUGUAAAAUGUGGCAUUAUGCAAUGUACUAUUGAGAUAUGAAAUUGAAACAGAGAGCUGUUAAUAUUUUAUAUUUUUCUUUUGAGAAACAAUAAUAAAAGAAAAGCUCUUAUGAAA